AUGGAGGAUGUGGUGAAGUUCAUCUUUGGAAUUUCUGGAAAUGUCAUUGCUCUCUUCCUCUUCCUAUCCCCAGUGCCUACCUUCUGGAGGAUCAUCAAGAGGAGGUCGACGGAGGAUUUCUCAGGGGUGCCGUACAACAUGACACUCCUCAACUGCCUCUUGUCAGCUUGGUACGGGCUGCCGUUCGUGUCCCCGAACAACAUCCUGGUGUCGACGAUCAACGGCGCGGGCGCGGCGAUCGAGGUCGUGUACGUGGUGAUCUUCCUGGUGUUCGCGUCCACGCAGCGGACGCGGCUGCGGAUGCUGGGCCUGGCGUCGGCGGUGGCGGCGGUGUUCGCCGCCGUGGCGCUGGUGUCGAUGCUGGCUCUCCACCACGGGCAGGGGCGGAAGCUCAUGUGCGGCCUCGCCGCCACCGUCUGCUCCAUCUGCAUGUACGCCUCGCCGCUCUCCAUCAUGAGGCUGGUGGUGAAGACCAAGAGCGUGGAGUACAUGCCGUUCCUGCUGUCGCUGGCCGUGUUCCUGUGCGGCACGUCCUGGUUCGUCUACGGCCUGCUCGGCAGAGACCCCUUCGUCGCGAUCCCCAACGGGUGCGGGAGCUUUCUGGGCGCCGUGCAGCUGGUCAUGUACGCCAUCUACCGGAACAGCGGCGGCAAAGCGGGCGCGGGUGGUGCCGGCAAGCAGCAGGCCGGCGACGACGUGGAGAUGGCCUCCGACGCGAAGAGCAGCAAGAAGGUCGCCGACGACGUCGGCGGCGCCGGCAAGGAGGACCUCCUGGUCUAG